ACAACAACAACCACAACUGAAAAGCCAACCACCACAACAACAACCACAACUAAAAAGCCAACAACAACAACAACCACAACUGAAAAGACAACCACCACAAAAACAACAAAGCCAACCACCACACCAACGACAACAACUAAAAAACCAACCACCGCAACAACAACAACAACUAAAAAGCCAACCACCACACCAACGACAACAACUAAAAAGCCAACCACCACAACAACAACGACUACAACAACAACCACUGCACCGCCCCCAACAACUACAACUACAACAACAACAUCAACAACAACAACAACCACAACCUCAACAACAACAACGACUACACCUCCCCCAACAACCACAACUACUACACCUCCUCCAACAACCACAACCACUACACCUCCUCCAACAACCACAACAACUACUACACCUCGCUCAACAACAACAACGACCGAGAAGACAACGACCAAGAAGACAACCACUACACCUCGCCCAACAUUAUCAACGACCAGGAAGACAACCACAAAGAAACCCAAGACGACCAAAACAACCACCCAGAAGCCCGGAUGUGGUUGCAAGCCAUGUGGUCCCGGUGGUCAACCGUGCGCCGGAUGCCCGAGUCGGGAGAACCUGUGCCAAGACUUGAUCAGCCUCCUGAAGAGUCUGGAGAAUAAAGUCAAGCAGUGUGUCUGCGGAGAACCUCAGUGGAUGUUGUAAGUCAAAGCGAUCGAGUCGAAGGACCACGUACUCACA